AUGCGUUGCUUUCAAUUCUUCUGCAAUGCUCUGUGUUCGCCUUCGUCGUCGUCAGCUCCACGCGCGAAGGUCACAUUUCAGGAGCAGGCUGACGUUCGACAUGAGCCUGAGACUGAGAAGGAGCCGGAUGAGGAGGCGCCCGCCUCCUUAAAGGACCGGCUACUACAAAGAUUGACGCGCAUGAACACGCAAGAGCUGCUUCACAGGAUACGCCGAAACAUCAGCUCCUUCUCGGUCAACGAUCUUGAAGAUUUAUCCUGGGACUGGGAGGAUAUCUCUACAGAGCCCGACGUUGCCUUCGCAGUGGUGGAGCUCAAAGAGUUUCUCACCGAGUGGCAAGAAGCUGAUACCGACAACUUUUGGCAGCGCAAGUCCCACAAGGUGGUGCUGGCUGUCGUGGUCUGUGCCAGAGAUGAUGGCUCGCUAGUGGCGAUGCGCGGGAUGAACACGGAGGUCAGCUUGCCCUCCGGCUCGCUCUGCGCAGAGCGUGCAGGGAUCGCGCGAGCUGCGACGGAACUCUUCCGCGCGGACGCCAUCAAGGCCAUUGCGGUCAUCGAUCCAUCGGGUGACAUCGCACCUCUCUGGCCCUGCGAGGUGUGCCAGAGUUGGCUCUCCAAGCUUCGUGAGCAAAGCCCGAGGAUCACCGUGGUGGCGUUCCCCAACAAAGACCACGACUUUCAGCGCAUCGUGGUGCGCCGUAAUGGCAAGGACGUGCGGCCGCCCACGUCCGUCAGCACGCGUACUAGCCUGAAGGGGGUCGAGAAGGCUUGA